AUGACGAAAUCUGUAACAAAAUCAAAAAGUACGUCCGAGUGUGUAUCACAAACUGGAUUGAGUGGAAGUGGUGAUCAAGUGACUGCAUUGCAUGGUCUAAAUCAGCAAGGAGGUAAUGCGAAGGAGCAAAGGAAAAAGGCACCAGCAACUGGUCAAAAAGGUACGAGUUUCUUGAAGAAGGGGGUGACUAUAGAGAAAGUUCAGACAAAACUGAGUUCUGUUCUACCAUCCACUUCUCUCUCUACUUCUUCUUCUCCCAUCUUCACUGAACCGCUUUUCUCCAAUGUCGAAAGGGGAGCGAAAAGCAAAGUAUCUCAGGCUUCAAAAAAAAAGUUAGCAAAAGGUGAAAAAACUAUAAAGCGCCACCCUAUCGUCAACUCGCCCAACACCAGAUCCAGAAAUUCUCGGGAGAAGGAUGUCACCUCUCCAGCGAUAUGUGUGAUCCCUUCAAAAUCCCUUCCAAAGAAAGGGAAGAGUAAAGGGAAAGGAAAAGAUCCAGAAGAACACUGUAUACAAAGGACCAUCCCAGGCCCUCACCGACUCAGUGAGAACAACUUAUCCAUAUCCCACCUCCUAACCGCUUCCACUCCUCCAUUCAUCUCGAGCCCCCCAAAAUCAACACAACUUCUAUCCAAGCCCCCACCAAAAGGUCAACCUCAGUCCAAAAAACAUCGUACCAUAACACUCACAACCUCACUUCUACCUCCACUUCCACUUCCACUUACAUCCCCACCCCCAUCUCUCAUCCCCGUUGCCCCCAAGCUCCUCAAGCGAUUCUACGAAGCAUUAAUUCUCCUCACCGUCUUUGGCUCUAACCGAGGCUCACGAAUUCUAGAGGAAGAAUCCCCAACAGAUACUUUCGACGAUGAGAUUUUGGAUAUUGAUGUGAACAAAAAGCACGAGAUGGACGAAAUGAGUCGAACCAAGCUAAGGAGAUCAUUUACAAGACAUCUUGCCUAUCUAUGCGAUUAUGAAAAAGGAGGUGAUAGCACGACUGCAAUUGCGUUGCAGCAGAUGAACAAGGGGGUAAUCGUAUAUCAUGUUGCUUGGAACAGGUGUUCGCGACCGGAAAGGGGUGUGGAGUUUUUGAAAAAAGUGCUGGGACUUCUAGGUGGCGCUGGAUAUGAUUGGAUUAAGGAUUUCGAGAAAAAGAGGGAGGAUAUUGAGGCUAGAAUAUUUGAGUUAUCGGUAAAAUAUGCUGAGAAGAGAAUUUCUUCCUAUGCAUCUUUUUUGGCUCGGGAUAUCAAAUUUGUGUUGAGAGAAUGGAAGACAAUUAGAGAGGAUAAGCAAGAUAAAGAAUCCUCGACCCAUCUUCACGCAUGGCUUCAAGGGCUUCUCAGUCUCACCAGGUAUCCAUCUCAACUCUGUCGUUUCUGCCACAAAACAUGUACAACUGUGUCACAAGAAUUUACACACCUCCAACUACUCAUCAAACUCGGUUCUCCAUUCGCCACUCGAUUUACCCAAAUCCGCCACACCAUCGGCCGUCUAAAUCAUACCCCCAAAGCCAUCCAAAUCCUCCUAUCCACCCGCAACCGACUCCCUCAUCUCUUCACCCAACUCACCAUUUCCCUCCUCCCCUCCUCUUCGUCCUUUCCCCCUCCCCUCCAAGCUCGCAACCCUACCCUCUCCGCCCUCAUCGGACGAACCACGAGCGACCCUCUCGCCAUCACCUCUUACCGCGCCGCCCUCGCAGAAAUGGACCACAAAUAUCAACUCUCCACCCAUCUCUCCUCCCACUGCACAAACCCCAACUGGCGUCCGAAAAUCCACGCCGAGUUACUCCUGCUUCAGCAUUUCCACUCAAGGAAUCUCCAUUUCGUGGACAAUGAUCGCUAUAUCGCGUGUAGUAAACCGGCGUGUUAUUGUUGUUAUCAUUAUAUUAGAGUGCAUCCGGGAAAGUUUGUAGUGCCAGGAAGUCAUUGUAAUCAUUAUUUGAAUUGGAGAGCGCCGGAUGUGGAGGAGGGGGAUGAGAGGGGGGAGAAGAUUAGAGAGGGGGUGUUGAUUGAGAUGUCGAGGGUUUUUAGGGGGGAGGUUUUGAUGCAGAUUAAGGAGAUGAGAGAGCCCGGGGGGUGGAAACCGGAUUCUUUGACGGAGAUAUCGGAGGUGAGGGGGAGAGGGGGGAUGGGUUGUGGGUCUUUUGUAGGGAAUGAGAUGGGUGGAGUGGGAGGUGAUGGUAUUGAAGAUGAGGAUGAGGAUUGUGAGUCUGCAGUAGGUGAUGAUGAGGAGGAGGAUUGUGAAUCUCUAGUUGGAGAAUAUGAAGAAGAAGAAGAAGAAGACGAUGAUGAUAAUAAUGAUGACGACAAGCAAAUAAGAAAUGAACAUUUUGAUUUCUCACAAACGAGUAGAGAAAAUGAGGGCACUCCACACCAGCAACAUCAAAAUAUGUCAGAAGCAGAUUAUCAUUCUGGCGAUACUUCUGAAGAAGAGGACGGAGGUGUUUCUUUGUACUUUUGA